AUGGAAGAAGAAGAAAAGCUGAGAACAAGAGCAUAUCGAAAAGCAUCAAAAGGCGUACGAACUGAAAGGAGAAUUUCAGGACUGCGAGAUGUUGACAGAAAGGUACGCCAAACUGGAAUUGAAAAGUUGGAUGGCAAAAAUCAUGUUAAAGCUAAAGAGUACAAACGAUUGAAUGUUUUGAAGGGUGAUUUGAAAUUGGCAGACAAGGAUUCCGCAGAUCGCGAGCACGAACAUAACGACUCGCAGAGACUGGGUACAAAGAGCAUAUUUUUUGAUUCCGACUGGAACCCAGACGGCGAAGCACCUCAAGGACAUAAGAAUAUACCCUACAAUCAAAAUACUUUUAAAAGGAAAGAGGGCACAUUUCAUCCUAAAUUGGCAGGCCUUGAUGAUAUACCACUUCCUUCUGAUGCAAAAUAG